AUGUUCUCGUGAGUGCUUGUGUUGUGGUUCGACGGAAGAUUUGCUCGUGUACCGGCUUAAUGGGUUUUCAAUAUAGUUGUGUGCCCUACUUCUUGUGUUUUCCAUGUGCUAGCUUUCGGUAUUCUUCCGAAAAUGUUUUAAUGUGCAGUUUAGUGCAUACCGUAAGUUUCUCACAUUCAUUAUCACAAUAGAAAUAGAACGAAGUGCGGAUAGUUGCGUUAAUUAUGGUGAUCUGAUAAGCACAGUGUUUACAAGUGUGAUAGCAGUGCUCGUUGUGCGGUGAGCACUUGUUUAUCACUAAGAACAGUGUAUUGAUACUGCUUUGGGCGGAUUAGGUGCAACGAUGGGAAAUCUAGAGAUUAACAAGAAGUUGCUGCCCAUGAAGGCGCACUAUUUUCUGUUCAAUGCAGGAACGGCUCCGGUAGUGCCUUUCAUGCCCACGUUGGUUCGACAGUUGGGCUUCUCGACGGUUAUUGUGGGCACCAUUUAUACCGUGUUGCCAAUCGUUGGCAUGCUGGUGAAGCCUCUGUUUGGCAUCAUCGCCGAUCGUUUUCAGCGUCAGAAGUUGCUCUUUCUGCUAUUCCAGAUCCUCUCGGCAGUGCCUUUCUUCUUGAUAAUGUUCAUACCCGCCAUACCACAGGAAUCGACUGUAUCAUUCCACUGUCACGAAGGAGCCUCCGAUCUACGGUACUGUCCGUCUACCGGUACCUAUCUGGACAAAUGCCUCACCGAUAGUAUAGUUACCGAUCAGACGAGCAACGCAACCCUCCGCUGUAAGCUUGACUGCCAAACAGAGCCCUGGAUGUGGGACACAAUAUGCCGAUACUGGCACGUGGAUCGGUACUGCAACGACAGUAACAUUCCGCACGACAAGCACCUGCAGCUAACUGGUCUCACACCGAUGGAUCACAUCAUACUGUCGGACAACUGUCUGUUCUUCAUGCUCAAGGGCGCUGAAAUGGACGGUGAACAUGUUCCGUUGUACUGUCCAGCGAAUACCACCGACUUCAGAACAAACUGUCAGGUUCAUUGCGACAAUGUGGACAUCAAUAGGGCUAUAGCCCAUUCGAAAAUCUCUGACGAGGAAGCGAAAGGGUUGCAUCAAUUUUGGCUCCUGUUCUUGUUUCUGGUCCUCAGUUGGACCGGUAUGGCGGUGGUCGUUAGUGUGGGUGACGUUAUCUGCUUCGAUAUGCUCGGGGACAAACCGCAUCUGUACGGCAAUCAAAGACUGUGGGGUUCUGUUGGGUGGGGCAUUUUCUCAUUAUUGGCCGGAUUUCUGGUGGAUCAGAUGUCCCACGGAAAAAGCAAUAAGGAUUAUACCGUAGUUUUCUACAUGACAAUACUGAUUAUUGCGGUGGAUAUGGCCGUUUCAUCUAAACUUAAGUAUACUCAAAAAAGACUUUCAACCAAUAUACUGAAGGAUGUUGGACAAAUUUUCGUCUCUAUGAGAAUUGUGAUAUUUUUCAUUUGGUGUAUAUUAGUUGGCUUCGGAACAGCGAUGAUAUGGAACUUUCUUUUUUGGCAUCUCGAGGACUUGGCCAGCUUGCAAGAAGGAUGCGAUCAUACCGUGUGGAUCAAAACUCUCCAAGGCAUUGUUAUGUCUAUUCAAUGCUUUGGUGGAGAGCUUCCCUUCUUUUUCCUGUCUGGUUGGAUUCUUAAGAAAAUUGGACACAUUCACGCCAUGAGCCUGGUACUGCUCGGUUUCGGCGUUCGGUUUCUUCUGUACUCGCUACUUGUAGACCCAUGGUGGGUAAUUCCUAUUGAACUCUUGAAUGGUGUUACGUUUGGGUUGUUCUAUGCCACCAUGGCAUCUUAUGCGAGCAUCGCGGCACCGCCCGGGACGGAAGCAACGAUGCAGGGCCUCGUAGGAGCCGUCUUCGAAGGAGUUGGCGUUUCGCUCGGCAGCCUACUUGCAGGAAAUUUGUUCGCUCGUGUUGGUGGAAGCAGCACUUUCCGUCUGUUCGGAAUCGCCGCAUUAGUUCUUUUUGUUGCCCAUGUGACAGUCCAAUAUUUAUUGGAUCGAUUCGGAACGAAGGGUAAGCAAGUAGACAAAAUUGGAUUUGGUGGGACGAAGCUAAACCCAGCAUAUAAUGUCGACAACUGUGGGUUUGAAGUCGAUCGCUCUGUUACGAAAAUCGAUUCCAUCCUAUCGGAAUCAACCAUACAGGAAGAAUUAGAUGUUCACGGCAACGAGAGUUCGCAGUGGGAGAAAAACCCCGCUAGCAAUUCUGACAGGUCCUUAGUCACUCGCGCUGGAUACGCACUACCUGAUGAGGCGCUUAGCUGCAUGGAAGACAGUCAAACACACGGUGGAAGUUGACGGGCGGUCAUCAUAUUCUAGAAAAAUUCAACUAUGAUUUCAAACAACAUUAUGAAUAAUUUAUUGAUAUGGAAGUGAGCACAAAUUUUAAAUAUAUGGAUUUAGAAGGUUACACUCUUAAAAAAUAAAGUUCAAAAAUCCUUC